AUGACUUCUUUGGUCACUGCAGAUUAUGUAAUCUUCCAUGAUGCGCCAGUUCCAAGGCACGGAGAGGACAAUGAUGAGUGUAUCUGCAGCGUAGAACUCCCUGAAACUACCUUCCCAGGACAUAUGAUCGAUUAUCUGGAAGACAUCUACAAGAACCUGACCGUUCUCAUUGAUAAAGAGACAGAGAAGUUUGCCCAACUCCAUAAUGAGAUAGACGGAUAUAAUAAAAAGUUGGAAAACGUGACCCAUUCUGUAAUUCUGAUGGAAACAGAUGGCAUCAAAGAUGAAAAGGAAUUUCUAGCAGUGACACAAACAAUCCAAGAUAUGAAGAAAAGGGCUGAUACUCUGAGUAAUCUCCUAAAUGGAACUGAUUUGGACAUUGAAGAUUUACUCAACAAGGUCAACAAUGUCUCCAGUAUGGUGUGGCAGCUAGAAACUUUUGACAAGAACAAUGUGCUCGCAACCCGUAGGGAAAUGGCUAUACUUCGGAAACAGCUAGCUGAUUGUGAAGAAGCUGCUGUGAACCCCAGCUUUGGUCUACCUUCAGCUGGCCUUACGGGUCCUGAGUAUGGUAAAUGUGAAAACAAAUUUUUGGUGAACGUUAGCAAACCAUUCAUAGUCAAACUUAACUGGCGAGGUUUCAGCUACAGAUAUGGAGCUUGGGGUAAGGAUUUUGCUUUUGGAAACCCAACUCCAGACAUGUACUGGGUCGCUCCACUGAACACUGAUGAGCGUUUAAUGGAGACCUACCGUCUCUACAACAGCUAUUCUGACUUGCUUUUGUACAAGAAUCAGAUAGAAAAAAGCCUUUCUCAAUACAUUGGGCUCACCUGGAACUAUGUCAACUGUGGCCAGGGAAGCGGCCCAAUCUUGUUCAAUGGCAGCUUUUACUACAACUGCCACAACUCUAGAAACCUGUGUAAGCUGAACAUUGCAACCCAUGAGCUCCAACGGGUAACAUUGGAAGGUGCUGCUUUCAACAACUGGUUCUCCUAUGCUGGAGUCAACUGGCAAGACUUUGAUUUUGCUGGGGAUGAGAAAGGCCUGUGGAUCAUUUAUUCCACAGAAAGUAGCAAGGGAAAAAUAAUCAUUGGGAAGCUAGAUCCUAAUACUAUGAACAUGAUCCAGAAAUGGCAAACCUCACUAUUCAAGCCUAAUGCGACCAACACAUUCAUGAUCUGUGGGGUGCUGUACGCCCUCAAGAGAGUGAGUGCACACAAAGAAAAGAUAUUUUAUACGUAUGACACCAAUACAGGCAUGGAAGGCACCACAGACAUCAUGAUAGAAAAACUUGCAGAAACAUUUCAGAGUGUGAGCUACAACCCCAAUGAUCACAAGUUAUACAUGUAUAAUGAUGGCUACCUGGUCACUUACGAUGGAAUUAUCAAAUCCAAGCCUCAGACAGAAAGACGGAGUGUGGCCAGCGAGAACACUCAGAAUGCCGUUAUUCCAUUCCGCAAUACAGAGUGA